AUGAAUUCCCAAGAACAAAAUACACAAUCUACAUCUCAUUUAAAAACCUUCGCUGAAACCACUGCCAACACUCAAUAUCCAAAAAAAGAACAAGCCAUCGUUUUAAACACUAUCAAUGAUAUACCUCAAUUAGAAUACAUAAAAGCCCUCGGCAAAAUUACAUCAACAAAAAAAAUAUCGUUUGCAUCUCGUAUUUCUAAUAAUCGUUUCUGCGUGUAUUUUACGGACAAAUGUACCGUCGAUGAACUAAUACAAAAUUUUUCCUGUAUAACAAUAAACGAACAUCAAAUCCCUUUUCGUCGUUUGGUUAACUCAGCAAAAAGAUAUAUCAUUUCUAAUGCUCAUCCGAUAAUACCGCAUGACGUAAUCAACGAAAAUUUAAUCUCAUACGGCAUUCGAACACUAUCGCAAAUUACCUUUCUGAAAGCCGGUUUUCAAGAUGAACUGGCACAUAUAAGCAGCUUUCGUCGCCAGGUAUACAUUCACCCCGACGAUAUCGCAAAUUUUCCCUUAUCAAUUGUUAUUAGAUUCGAUAACACCGAUUUCAGAAUCUUUAUAAAUGACGACACUCUCACUUGUUAUACAUGUAAACAAACCGGGCAUACCUCUAAUUCCUGCAAGAAUUAUCCUAAAAAUACCUACGUCAACAAUAAUAGUAGACAAACAACAGAAAUUUCGGAACAUUUAAUAUCCAAUGGCCCACAUGAUACAAGUUUAACGGAUAUAGAUAUAUACAAUACCCCAAACAACUUAGAUGUUCCAAACAUUAUAAAACCAAUGCAACCGAAUAAACAUAUAGUCAUACCAAAUGAAUCAAUCAAAAGACCUCCUCCAUCGCCUAGUAACUCGUCAUCUUCAGCAGCCACCCCCCAUCAUAUCAAUCAACAGGUUAAUGAUAAUUUCGCACAACCCAAAACAUUAAGAGAAAAAAUUUUAGAGCAUAUUAUAUAA